GCGGCGGCGGUUGCGGCCUUCCAUUUUACCAGAAGCCUUCGCAGGACGCGGGACUUUGCCUCGCCCUCAGGCCCCAGGGUGGGAGGAGAUCGGCGGCGGGGUGUCCGGGAUCCGGGAGUGCCGACGGUGGCCGUCCUACCUUGAGCCCGCGGGCCGCCGCGCCGAAGCCCUCUACCCUCUGCGGGAACGGAGGCCCGGCCCCGGGAGCGGGAUGAGAAGAGAGGCGGGGAGUUGAAUGAAGUUAUCCCUCUUCUGCCUUGCAAAUUAUUAUGGGUAUCUGGAAUUCAAAACCAGAUCCCCGCCCUCUUUCCCUCAGAAGAGGAAGCGAUUACCUCGUAGACGCAAGUCGGAGAGGCCGCGGACCAAGUGCCCGGAAACUAGAAGCCCUGUCCCGCCUCGGUCGAGAGGGCCCGGGCGGUGACGGCGUGGAGGAACUGAAGGGAGAAGGUGAGGACGUUCGGGAGGCGGAGCUGGAGGAGGAAGAGACUGAGGAGAUGGUGCGGGUGGCCGGCCUCGAAGAGGCAGGGGAGGUGUUCUACAAAUUCGUGAUCCUCCAUGCCGAAGACGACGUAGAUGAAGCCCUUAGAGUCCAGCAGCUGCUGCAGGAUGAGUUUCGUAUCCGGCCCGGGAUCAUCUUCGCCGAAAUGCCGUGCGGCAGGCACCACCUGCAGAAUUUAGACGACGCCGUAAAUGGGUCCGCGUGGACCAUUGUGUUGUUGACGGAGAACUUUGUAUCCGAAGCCUGGUGCCAGUUCCAGUUCUAUACGUCCCUCGUGAACUCCGUGAACCGGCAGCAUAAGUACAACUCCGUAAUACCGGUGAGGCCCCUGAACAACCCUCUCCCGAGGCAGAAGACUCCGUUUGCCCUCCGGACCAUCAAUGCCCUGGAAGAAGGAAGCCGCGCCUUCCCCGCCCAAGUAGAGAAAAUUUUCCAGGAGUCGGUGUAUAGGAAACAGGAGGCCAUUUGGAGAGAUACAAAGAAUACGGGGAAGUGGACAGGCUAGAAGACAAAGGGCCCUCGCGUGGCUGGAUUGAACUUCGAAGAAACCCAUAAAAUGAGGCUCUCUUCUCCGUACCCCGUCCCGCCGAGGGGGAAAAAAAUGGAAAUGACUGAGAUAUGCGCACUGUUCUGAGGUCACCCCCGGAAGAGGGUCAGGGGUGGCCAUAAGAAGUCUCGGGUGUGACGGUCCUUCCGGUCACAAGCCCGACGCGCCGAUGGCGUCUUGAGAGACGAGCGUCCUUAGAGUCGCACCGAGCGCCUUUCGUCUCUCGGUUUAAGACCGUACGAGACGGCGCUCCGCUGUUCGGAACCGCCCUUUGGCCAGCCCUGAAUCGCCCCUUGGGUUCAGUGCGGUGACCCGGGGCGUCUGCCGGCUGAGUCUGGAAGCAGAGCUCGGAAGGGCUCUCGGCAGCCUUCCUCUUGAAAGGAAAUCCGGGGGCAGACGGCUCGGACGGAGCGGCCGGUCCGCCUCGGGCGAGCCCGUUGGCGACGCACGCGCCUGGUUUUCGGUCACGGGUCCGUAGCUGCUCGCAGUAAGGGGGAGGUGGUGAACUGGAGCCCUCCAGGGAAGAGUUCCCAACUGCCGACGGUCUCGAAGGUCCGUUCCCGGGCGUGUUGGGAGCGUGAGGAAACGAGAAACCCCUUACCGGAAGUGGAAAGAGGGUAGAACGGUUUGAGGGAGGUGGAUGGAGCCAUUUUCCCCGGUGGAUCGCACCCACCUGCAGACGUGUUAAGAACAAUAAAAUU